AUGCAAGCAUCAACUGAUGUGGUCGAAGGGAAAGCUUUCUGCAAAGCCAAAUUUUUUGUACACAAUUACACAGCCAUUUUUUCUGGAGUGCAGUAUUCCGGCAGGUUCAGGUCACCAGUACCAAUUCCGUUAACCGAAGGCUGUGUUCUGAGAAGCAUACAAAUUGAAGAAGACACGCAGGCUGAGGGGACUCAAUAUUAUUCGUGUUUGUGUAAAACGGCGUUGUGCAACUCCCCUAUGACUGUCGCACAGUUCAUCAAGAACAACUUCACACUGCCAGCACCACUGAUUCCAGCCAAAGAUGGUCUUUUGUGA